ACUGCGGUUAGGGGCCAGUUUCCCAGCAAGCCUUGCGGCGUCACCGGCGGAUUCUCCUGCAGCAGCGCGUGUAUCGCUGUCUCUCUGCGCGCGGGGAAGAUGGAGAUGGGGUCGCUGGCCGUGUUCGGAGAGCGGAUCUCCGGGGAAGCGAUCCGCGGCCAGAACGUUAUGGCUGCAGCUUCAAUUGCCAACAUUGUGAAGAGUUCUCUUGGUCCAGUUGGUUUGGAUAAAAUGUUGGUGGAUGAUAUUGGUGAUGUGACCAUUACUAAUGAUGGUGCAACCAUUCUGAAGCUGCUGGAGGUAGAACAUCCUGCUGCAAAAGUUCUGUGUGAGCUGGCAGAACUGCAAGACCAAGAAGUUGGAGAUGGGACCACCUCAGUGGUAAUUAUUGCUGCUGAACUUCUGAAAAAUGCAGAUGAAUUGGUCAAGCAGAAAAUUCAUCCCACCUCUGUUAUUGGUGGCUAUCGUCUUGCUUGCAAGGAGGCAGUUCGCUACAUCAAUGAAAAUCUUAUUAUUAACACAGAUGAACUUGGCCGGGACUGCCUUAUUAAUUCAGCUAAAACAUCAAUGUCCUCCAAAAUCAUAGGAAUUGAUGGUGACUUCUUUGCCAACAUGGUGGUGGAUGCUGUGCUUGCAGUUAAAUUCACAGAUCAAAAGGGUCAAGCCAAAUAUCCAAUCAGUUCCAUUAACGUUUUGAAGGCACAUGGCCGUAGCCAGAAAGAGAGUAUUCUUGUAAACGGUUAUGCACUGAACUGUGUGGUGGGCUCACAAGGUAUGACCAAGAGGAUAGUUAAUGCAAAGAUUGCCUGUCUUGACUUCAGUCUGCAGAAAACAAAAAUGAAGCUUGGUGUUCAGGUGCUGAUCACAGAUCCGGAAAAACUGGACCAGAUUAGACAGAGAGAGUCAGAUAUCACUAAAGAGAGGAUUCAGAAGAUUCUGGCCACAGGUGCUAAUGUUAUUCUAACCACUGGUGGCAUUGAUGAUAUGUGUCUGAAAUAUUUUGUGGAUGCUGGUGCUAUGGCAGUACGCAGAGUUUUAAAAAAGGACCUUAAACGUAUUGCUAAAGCAGCAGGAGCAAUCAUUUGUUCGUCUCUGGCUAAUCUGGAAGGUGAAGAAAGCUUUGAGGCAUCAAUGCUGGGACAGGCAGAAGAAGUGGUUCAAGAGAGAAUUUGUGAUGAUGAAUUGAUUUUAGUCAAGAAUACCAAGGCUCGUACUUCUGCAUCAAUUAUUUUACGAGGAGCCAAUGACUUCAUGUGUGAUGAAAUGGAGAGAUCCUUACAUGAUGCUCUUUGUGUAGUUAAAAGAGUAUUGGAGUCCAAGUCUGUGGUACCAGGUGGUGGUGCUGUAGAGGCAGCACUUUCAAUAUAUCUUGAAAAUUAUGCAACCAGCAUGGGAUCACGUGAACAGCUUGCUAUUGCAGAAUUUGCAAGGUCUCUCUUAGUUAUUCCAAAUACCUUAGCAGUAAAUGCUGCCCAGGAUGCCACAGAUCUUGUUGCAAAGCUGAGAGCAUUUCACAAUGAGGCUCAAGUUAACCCAGAACGCAAAAAUCUGAAAUGGAUUGGUCUUGAUUUAAUCAAUGGGAAACCUCGUGAUAACAAACAAGCUGGUGUGUUUGAGCCUACAGUAGUCAAAGUAAAGAGCUUGAAAUUUGCAACGGAAGCUGCAAUUACUAUUCUACGAAUUGAUGAUCUUAUUAAGUUGCAUCCUGAAAGCAAAGAUGAUAGAGGCGGGUGUUACGAAGAUGCUGUUCGUUCUGGAGCACUUGAGAACUAGUCUGGCUUUUAUUUAUGUUACUGUUUAAUUGUUCAUCUUACACUUCUUCCCAGUAUUGUACCUAGAGUGUAUGUUAAUAAAAUAGGGGUAGUUACA